AUGGCAGCAGUGUUGCCGAGAACCCUGGGUGAGCUGCAGCUCUACCGGAUCCUGCAGCGAGCGAACCUGCUCUACUACUACGAGGCCUUCAUCCAACAGGGGGGCGACGACGUGCAGCAGCUGUGCGAGGCCGGGGAGGAGGAGUUCCUGGAGAUCAUGGCCCUCGUCGGCAUGGCCAGCAAGCCGCUGCACGUGCGCCGCCUGCAGAAGGCUCUGCGCGACUGGGUCACCAACCCGGCCGUCUUCAACCAGCCGCUCACGUCGAUGCCCGUCUGCAGCAUCCCCGUCUACAAGCUGCCCGAGGGCUCGCCCACGCUGCUCAGUGCGCAGGACCGAGCCAACACCGCCAGCGUCAAGAUGCCCAAAGCCGUCGCCGCCGCCUGCUCCGACCCAGGGAAGCUGGAGGUGGCACGAGACAAAGUGUCAGCCGGGUCGCCGCUGCAGGGCAGCAGCGAGGCUCGAUUCUGGUCGGGCCACAGCAACGACAGCGAGCACAGCCUGUCGCCGUCGGACCUCGGCUCCCCGUCCUCGCCGAGAGACGCGUUAGAGGCUCUGGACGCCGCGGCAGUCCAGUCAGUCCUGGAGUGCGUGGACAGGAUGGCGCCGGGACUUCCUAAAACAGACCUAGCUGAGGUCAAAGAGCAGCUGAAGAACAACAAGAAGCUGGCAAAGAUGAUCGGACACAUCUUUGAACUGAGCGACGAUGACCCACGGAGGGAAGAGGAGAUUCGUAAAUACAGCGCCAUCUAUGGACGCUUUGACUCCAAGAGGAGAGAUGGCAAACACCUGACGCUGCACGAGCUGACGGUGAACGAGGCGGCAGCUCAGCUCUGUAUGAGGGACAUGGCUCUGCUGACACGUCGAGACGAGCUGUUCGGGCUCGCCCGCCAGAUUUCCAGAGAGGUCACCUACAAAUACACCUACCGCACCAGCAAGUCACGCUGUGGAGACAGAGACGAGCCGUCCCCUAAAAGGAUUAAAACAGAGGAGAACUUCUUCGACAUCCAGGAGGCGCUGCAGGCCAUCCACAUGAGGCAGGAGAUGCUGAGGGAGCAGCUGGCCUGCGCCAAGUCGAAAGGAGAAGAAACCGUCGGACGAAAUCUGCAGAUGCAGCUGGAGCGUCUGCUGGCCAGGCAGAUGGAGAUCCUGCAGGACGCCGCCGUCCAGGAGCGACUCCAGGCUCUGGACUGGAGGAUCCCCCCCGCCGCCUUAAAGUACCUCAACGACGCCCAGAACACCAACGGAGCCGCCGCCGACGCCAGCAGAGACAACCAAGAUGAACGACCAAUCAACUUGCGAGUGGUUAGUCAGAACAUGCAGGAAGGCGACCUCCCAUUGGGCAAGCAGCUAGCCAAUGAACUGAAGCGCCAUCACAACCACAACAACAACAACAACAACAACACCACCACCACAGACGAGACCAAAACACCAGCAACAGAAAACGGGACGUCGCAGCGGGCGUCCAACAACACAGAGAAGAAGACCAUCAAGUCAGAGCCGGAAGACUCCACAUAGUGCCUCCUGCCACACCCUACCACCACCCCCACCCCUUGUACCAACCCUCAAUUCAUUCUACUCACACUUGACAGUAUGCAUUUAUUACCCGUCAAUAGAUACUAAGCAAGCACAGCCACAGUAGAGCCUUAACAACCAAUGUUGCCUCAUGAAUAGCAUUUAUUUUUCUUUGAUUUUGUCUUUGUUUUUUUGUUUAAAAGGUAUUUGCCAAAGCACCUAGAGAGCAUGUCAAGAAGCCCUUCAGUGCUCUACAGGUCUUUGUCUGUUGAUUAAUUAUACACGUUAGAUGUACAUGUAAUUUAAGAGUGAUCUGUUUUAGACAUUUGUAUACUCUUUACCUCUGCCUGUGUGGUGUUUUUGUUGCUUUCUUUGGACAGCCAGGUUGCAGGCUGUGAUGCCGGGGCUGAGUCUUAACUCAAACGUAGAUUCAGAGAUGAGACAACAACAGAAAUGUUGGGUGUGUUGCUGCAUGUCCACACUGUGGCGAGAUCAGCAUCUUGGUAACACUUUUGUAUGGCUACCAUAUAGCCAAUGUUUUAAGGCCUCCUUCACUCACUUGUACCUUAAAACAAUGCUGCCAAUAUUCAAUCUAAAAUUUCAAAUUCCAAAAUAUUUCAAGUGUUUCUCCUUCAGAUUUUUAGCAACACUAGCUGUGGUGCUCUAGGGAUGGCAAUGCCGCCACUUUGGUUCAGACUAAAAUAUCUUCGUAGUGGAUACUUUGCCAUGAAAUUUGGCAUUUGACAUGCAUGCCCCUGAAGAGGAUGAAUCCUAAAUACUUUGGUGAUCCUCUGACUUUUGAUUUAGCAGCACCUGCAGGUCAAACUUUAUAAUUAACCAGUGAAAUAUCUUGACAUCUACCAAAUGGAUUGGCACAAACAUUGGUACAGACAUUCAUGGUUCCCAGAUGAUGUAACCUUAUGAUUUUGAUGAUCCUCUGGCUUUUCCUCUAGCGCCACCAUGAGAUUGACAUAUUUGGUUUUUGAGUGAAAUACCUCCACAACUAUGGAAUAGUUGACAAAGUCAGAAGUCUACACUCAUUUGUCCAAUACUUUGGUUUAUGACCAAAUACCUGCAAAGCUAAUGGCAUUCCCAUCAGCCUCAGUUGUACUUAGUGUAUGGUGCUAAUUAACAAUUGUUAGCAUUCUAACUGAGAUGGUGACCAUGGCAAACAUUACUUGCUAAACAUUAGCAUUUAGCUUGAGAGCAAUGCGAGUACAGCCUCACAGAGCCGCUAGCGUGGCUGUAGACUUUUAGUCUCAUUAUUUUCAGGAUGGAAACAGGGUGUAACACAGUUAUUUUGGGGUUGGCAGCUCUUGUAGGCAAGGUCGCCAAAUCAAUAUUACCCUAAUACUAAUAGUAUAUUAUUAAGGCUUUCAUAAUGAAUUUUUAAUGCACUUGUAAUGCCUUAUGACCUAUAUGUCAACACAAAGUGCUUAUUGAUGCUUUAUGUUGCCAGUCAUCAACACAUUAUAGAUGAAACUUUCGAUAAACUAUACAUGCAAGCAUAUAUAUGAAUAUUUAUUGGAAAAAAGAUCAAAGUCAUCAACACGUAAUAAUGGCAGACAUACAAAGUGAUACCUAAUUUUGAGAUUCAUGGCUGGUAUCCAAAAAUUCACAAUCCAUUUUCAUGACUUUACAAGGCAACUAUAAUUUUUGACUAUAAUAAACUUACCAGCAAUAGCCAAAGAUUUAGCAGCAUUUGAGUCUUCUGAGCCUCCAUCAUUCUCCCAAAUCUAACUUAGGUGUCUGUAUUUGUACUGUAACUCAAAACAAAGGUGUAAAAGUACUGUAGGGAGAUAGAGUUAGGAUUCAGCCCCUGUAGCAGGUUAGUUUUUUUGUCGUUCACUUCAAAUGGUAAAACAGGAGAGGUUUGGAUUAAUCCAUCCGUCCUCGCUCUUGUCUUGUGUAUAUUUAUGGGAGGUAAUCUAAGAAGAGGAUGUAGAGGAGCUGUUGUGGAAUAACAGCAGGGGACCACUGUCAUUGGUCUUGGCAGGAUGGCUGGGCUGGCAUGCCGGAGGCCAAGCUAAUUGGUUCAUUUCACUUUGUAAUUUAGCAAAACACUGCUGUUGAACCGAAACCACGCAUCUGCAAACAGGGAAUAUUUCAGGAAAAAGCCUGUGUGUAUUUUAGAAAUGAUCCAACAAGCUUUCAGCAGGCCCCACAGGUCGUAAAAUCCACUCAAUAUGUAGACUUUCAACUGAAGACAGAUUCAAAUAUUAUAUAUAUAUAAUUUAAUAUAAGGUUGCAGGCAUGUGGUUUUUCAACAACAGCGGCAAAAAGCAAAAUUCCUGUUUAUUGCUGUUCUUCGCGGAGCAGCAGCCUGGGGUCUGUAAAUAGUACCUUGAUAACAAAUAGUGCUAGCCUAAUCUCUCAACCAGGGUUCUCCUUUGUCAAGUGUAACUUUGCUGUAGAUUUUUGGUGUCAAUACGGUGUUUAUGUAUGUAGAGCAAAAACAAAAAAAAGAAAACUUAAGUAUCAUGGAGGAAAAAAUACAACAGUGUGAAAGUGUCUGGUAUAUAAAAACAUGCUUUACAUGAUAAUGUUGAUUAGCCUUAGCUCUUAACAGUGUUUAAUCCACCUGUGAUGGCCAUCAGUGCAUAUUUCAAAGAUGUGUUUUUGCUGUUUAGAGGUAAAUACAUAACAAAUAAGUGUUCACUGUGUUUUUAUGUGUUCGCCACACUGUGUAAAUACAUCUGUUUGGUCCAAGAUGAUAAUAAUGUCCAGACAAUUUGGUCUAACUCUUCUUUCCCCCUACUCCUUGCAGAUAGUUUAGUCUCACUCAGCAUAAUGACAGACCAAUGCAAUAUUUAUGUAAGUAAUAAGUCUAUUUGCAUACUAUAUGGAUCCGUCAUUUUGUUAUGUGCUCAGUAACUGUAUGUCUGUCAUGAACUUCAGGGUGGGAAUUCACCUACAACUUGGGAAAUGUUUGUGUUGUCUCACUUUUUGUGCGCAGGGCACUGUAUUUGUAUUUAAAGACAUUGUGUUUUUUUUUUCACGAAAUUCCAUGAGGUUGUUUUGUUUCAAGCAGCCACUAUGGCAAGGAACUAGCGAAGAUUUGGAGUCGUGGUCUGUUGUAAAAAUCUAGUUUGCUAAAGCAAAACUAGCUAGUGAAUUCUGGGAGAUAAAGCCAUCGUGGUUCGGGGGGCAAAAAACCUUUUGUUUCCAGCCCGAUUGGCUCAAACACUGGCCGAGUUAGCGUGACAGUUGUACGAUGUUUCAGAGAAUAGCGCAUGUCUGAUCUGCCGUGUCACUGAUCACUGUUCUCCUCACUGUUUAUUGUAAAGUGAUAGAUUAGGCUUCACCUAGUUAUGCACCUGUUUUUUAAACACUAAUAUAUUUUAUUUGUUAUACAGCACAUAAACAUUAAACUUUAUUUUUUUGAACUCUA